UACAAUCCACUUAACUAAGUAGCAAACAGCUGAUGCAACGAUGGGUGUUCAUUUUCAGUUUUGUGGAACUUAAUUGUGUUGAUGGAAUCAUACAAAUUUAUAUUAUUGUAUAUUAAAAAGUAAAAUUGUAUACAUAUCGCAAGCAAUUGUUUAAAAAUGGCAGAUAAAAUGAAAGAUUUUGACAAACCCGAUUUUAGUGUGGAAAAAUACACCAAACAGUUGGUCAAAGAAUGUAUUGGUGGUCCAGAUGUAGCACAAAGAAAACGUGAUAUACAAGCGUAUAGUGAUCAAACAUCUGCCACAUUAAAAAAAUCGGUGUAUGCCAACUACAUGCAGUUCAUUGAGACAGCCAAAGAAAUAUCACAUCUAGAGUCUGAAAUGUAUCAGCUUUCGCACAUACUCAAUGAGCAACGUAAUAUACUGUCCUCCCUUACUGACGAGAAGGGUUCAACUAAAAAUAAAACAGAAGGCGAUGGUGAAGAAAGUCAGGCGCAAGAUGAAAUGGAGAAUAAUCAUGCAACACGCGCUGUUAAAGAAAUGGUGCAGGGCUUUAACGGUAACCUCGAAGGUAAAACUUUUCUAAAUGAAGGCGCGUUGAUAGAGCUAGAUUCAAAUGACUACAGACCCAUACAACGCGUAUUCUUCUUUUUGUUUAAUGAUGUCUUGAUUGUUUGCAAAGUAAAACAUGACAAGCGUUUAGAGUUUUUAACAGAGUAUGAUCCCAAAAAAAUUGCAGUAAUUAACAUUAAGGAUUUAGAUGGUGUAAAGAAUGCUAUAAACAUUAUUACACCAGAUGGUUCAAAGAUAUUUCAGAGUGUAACCGCAGCGGGCAAAACUGAAUGGAUAGAACAGUUGGAAAUUGCAUUUCGCUUCGAUCAACAGAAGAAAAAUAAAAAAGGGCAAGCACCACAGCCACCGCCUAAAUCAAAACGGAAUUCAGCCAUGCAACAAGAAUCGCCAACAGACACAAAAUCACUACAAUCCGAUCUAAGUCCUACUGAAUCCCAAACAGGCAAAGUAGUGGAAAAUCAUGGUCCUGAAUGGAUUGCUACUGCAAGUGAAGAAAUUCAAACUCUCAUUGCUCAAAGACACUUUGAGGAUGCCCAAAUACUUAUCAAACGUACACAAGAAUAUAUAAAAAAAGAUAAGACCUUCUUGCACGCAAACGAGAUUCAAUCUAAAGUAAAGGUACUAGAAACAAAUUUAACCAACGUUCUACUGCAAGAAUUAUCCAACAGUCAGUGUCGUAAUCUGCAAGUAGCUCUACGUGCAACUAGACGUUCACUCAAAAUAUUAGUGGACAUGGGUCAACAACGACAGGCCAGUUGUACGCUAUUAAAAGUAUGUUCCGUUGCUUUGCGCAAUGCACAACGAGAGGCACGUCGUAAUAAUGUUGAGAUAUCAGAGUUAUUUUUUUGUGAUUUAGCAGAAGUGGCUUGCGAAUUUAUGACUGCAUUUGAAGCACAACCAGCGUGUGUUAGCUUGCUUGUAGUUUGGUGCAAUACGGAACUGCAAUAUUUUGCUAGUCAACUUAUCAAACAUUACCUUACAAAGGGCACGCAGUUAGAAACUAUCGCAAAAUGUAUGGAAGGCAUACGUAAACCGUGCGCAAAGCUAACAGAAAUCGGUCUUGAUCUGGGUUAUCAACUUGAAGGAUUACUGCGUGGUACGCUAUCGCAGCUAAUUGAAGAAUCACGUAAACGGCUUUUGGAAACCGUCGGACGGACUGAAGAUCCUUGGCAGCCAUACAAUUUGCAAACAAAAUCCAAUUUAAAACGUUUACUAUUAGAAUUGGAAGUCCUCGGUAUUGAUAUGCGCGCACAAACCACUGGUGAUACAUGGAUCAAUUUAACACAAACCACUGUGGCGUUCACUAGACACUUUUUGCAAUUAACCGAAUACUGUGGCUAUCUAGCGAAAAGUGAAGUGCUUUCACCGAGUUUAGAAGUGCUACUUAGAGAUCUUUUACUGGCGCAACAGGGGGUUAAACCCGCCACUGGUUUGAAUGUCGACCCUAAUUUUGUGGUAAAAAAUAAAAGAUUUUUAUUUGAAGAAUUAUUGCCGAUAUGUAUUGAAAAAUUUCGGAAAAUAUCUAAAAGCAAAUGUGAACUCUUACUUGAACUGCAACAACAAUUUCGCAAACAACAAGCACCAGUGCCUAAACAGCGCAGCAUAUAUCAAACUGAUUUAUUUUAAUUGUAUUAUUCGAAUUUAAUUUUUUUUAUAACUAUGUACAAAUAAUAUAUUGUUUAAACUU